AUGCCAAAAAAGAAGGAAAAGAAAAGUGUCGAGAAACAAAAUGAUGUCCAGAAAACGCAGAAAAAAGACAGUCCUGCUGCUGCUGAAGGCACAGAGAAUUAUUUAUAUCUGACUCAAAAACGAUAUCUGAACGAGCAGCUGCAAAGAUAUCAGCUGAAAUGUGAGGCACUAGAGAGGCAGAAGAAGGACUUAGACUGUCAGUGCGGUAUCCUGGAAAAAGAGAAGAAGGACGUUGUUGAGUAUCUGAAACGCUCGCUGCUGGAGAAGGAGGCCGAGGUGGAUGAGCUGACAGAGCGUCUGGAGGGUCAGCAGCGGGCAGCCCAGCAGCACGGAGACUCCCAGCAGCUGACGCUCACUGAGCUGAGGAGAGAGCUGCGGAGCCGGGUAACAGACGCCUCCUCAGAGAACAAAUCCCUAGCGUCCAGGCUGUCAGCGCUGCAGGAGUUUCAGGAGCAGAGGGAGCAGAUAAUGUCCAACAUGGAGUCUCUGGAGAAGCAGCUGGCCAAUCAGAAGGAGGAACACAAAGCUACCAUCCACAGCCUGGAGAUGAAAGCACUGCUGGAGAAGAAGAGGUUAGAGAAGGAGAUGGAGAGCCACGUGGCGGUCAUGGCGGCGGAGGUGCAGCAGCUGGUGGAGCAGAAGGUCCCGGAGGCAGCCAGGUCGGCCCUCCAGGAGAACGCUGAGGUUAGGAGUCUGAUCAGCCAGCUGUCAGAGCAGAACCACGACCUGAUGGAGGAGAACUUCGCCCUGCGGGAGCGUAAGGGUCGGCUCAGGGUGGAGGUGGAGAACCUGGAGGAGAUGCUCAGAGAGACGUCCCGCCAAAGCUGCGUCCACAAGAAGGUGGUGGAACAGCUCACAGAGAAGUGUCAGCAGCUGCAGGCGGAGCUGAAAGACUGUCAGCAGGAGGUGGAGCAGCUCCACAGCAAACAAACAGGAGUCCUGGGGGAGAUGGAGGCACUCAGAGAUUUGACCCUGAAUCCAGCUCAGACUUUUCAGUUUGAGCUUGCUCUCCAAAACCCGGCUGGUCCGGGCCUCGUACCCCCCCCCCCCCACCCGGAAGCACAAACACACCCCCUCCAGGAGGGGAGCCGCCGGGUCCAGCAGCCUCCAGGGGCCUCUGCUCAGGAAGCCCUCCAGUCAGAAAACAGAUCACUCCAUAAACCUCAGUGCUUCAGCUGUCGCACCUCUGACCUCCAGAAACUCCACCACUAAACCCAAAUAACAGACACACAUCUUAUUCCCUAUUCCCCCUCCAUAUCUCCAGAGUAGAACGGAUCUAGUCCUUUCAUAUUUUACUUUUAUAUUAUAUAAAAGUCUUUGUUAAAAUACAAAUUACAUUUACAAAUAGUUAAACAAAUAAAAAGAGUGUGUGAGUCAGUGACUCCAUCAUAGGAAUCUGUUUUCUUAAUCAAAAUAAUAAUUGUGAUCUUUCUUCAUUCAAAUAGUAACACAUUGUCAGUUGAAAGUGUAAUUUGAUGUUUCUGUAUUGAAUGCUGCCUUAUUAUGAAAGUGUCCAAAUCUGAAAUAUCACAAAUAAAUA